CAUGAUAAUAUUGGGACAUCAUCGGUAGAGGUAGGAAUUGCCAGGGGACCCACGAUACGAUAUAUCACGAUACUUAGGUUACUGUGAUAAAAUAUAUUGUGAUAUGUUGUGAUUUAUCACCUUUAUUCCAACUGCAAAUUAAUUACCCAAAGUAAAACUUUAUCAACAUCAGUUUUACCUCAUAAGAUAAAGUUUUCAAUCUGUUCAUCUGACUUUAAUCAUUUUUAUUGCAGCAAAAUGUAAUGCAAAGCAGACAGACUGACCAGCACCUUCAUAAAACCUGUCAGAAAUGCUGCAUACACCUGGCAAACUGAACUGUUGGCAAUGCGUGAGCCAAACACUUUACACUUCACUGAAUGGCAACACCCAUGUAAGAAGUGUUGUCUGUUACAACAACAAUCCCCCAUUCUUGUGCUGCAUUUAGCAGGAGGUCUACUUUGUUUGCUGCGGUGUGACUUUGUGACGUGUAGUGCUCUAGUUUGGAGAAUGUGAGACAGCAGUCGCCAGUCCUUUGUGAGAUAAUGUGCCAUUAUAGUCACAUAUGAAUCAACUGACCUUGAAGUCCAGGCAUCACAAGUUAAUGCCACCCUUCCUGCUGUACUCAAAGAUUUCUCAACUUUAUGCUUUACUUCUCUGUAGAGCUUGGGUACAGCUGUGUUGCUGAAAAAAUGUUGGGGUGGAGUCACAUACCUGGGUUCCAGUGUUCUUAGCAUGUAAACAGAAGCCUUUGUUUUCAACAACGCUGUAUGGAGAUCUUUGCACAUGACAUAGGUGAUGGACUAUGAUAUUUUCUUUGCUUUCUUAGAGUUGGAUGGUGGUUUUGUCAAACUAAGUGUGUCCAGUGUUGCCAGAGCGGGUUAAGCAUUAGCUUGACCGUCAGUGGCUAACACUAUCUCUGGAUGGUGGUGUAUGAGUCCUCUGACAGGGUUUGACCAGGAGCAGCAGCUCUGGGCUGACCUGUGCUAUGAAGACCCAGAAGGCCCAAGGUGUUACAUCAGCUUCGCCUCCCAGCCGACGGAAGUCUUGCUUCACCUUACGAGGCAGAAAGAAGAAGGACAGGGUGAUCCAAGGCAAACUUCGCAUCCGUUCCCUGCCUGGAGCCUUUCUUGUGCUGGGGGUCAUUGUGGUGGUUGUUGGCACGGCUCUGGCUGUGGCGGGAUACUGGCCCUAUCGGAUAUCGAGAUCAUCCAUCCUGGGAGCUGCAGAGGGGGAAAGCAUCUCUGAGUCACAGAGCUCUGGCUGGAGUCUGGGAGCUAAGGGCCUCCUAUCCACAGCUGGCCUCAUCCACAGUGAGCGGAUGAAGCUGCUGGGACCUGUCAUCAUGGGAGUCGGUCUCUUUAUCCUCAUAUGUGCCAACACAGUCCUUUACGAGAACAGGGACAGAGAGACUCAGAUGCUUCUGGCUCAAAUGCGCAGUGUAAUCUGCUCUGUGUCUGCGGCUGUUCCCUCUGCAGACCUUAAAGAAAUUGCAGCAGCCAACUCGAUGGCAAAACACUACCAGUGGGUGAGCAGUUUACCAGCUGCUCAUCUCAACAUCCUUUGUCUGCAGCAGCUGGCCAGCUCUGAGCCCCUGCUUCAGACCAGAUAUCCCAGAGACCAGAUGGAUGGUUUGGAGGGCAUCUACCAGCAAGCUGUUCUCCAGACUGAAGCUCUUCACCACCAGGAGUCAGAGCCUCCACCUUCUAACUCCAGCUCAUGUAAUUCCAGCGAGACAAACUUAAACACAGAGUCUGGUGCUGAGCACAGGGGCAGCACCAGCUUCAAUCUGCAGCCCGCCUCACUCGUCAAGCUCAGCAACUGCCUGGUGUCUGCCAGCUCCAUGUCCACCCUAGACGAGGUGGAUACCCCAGCUGUCAAGCAAAGGCGCUGCCACAGUAUGAGCUACAGGACUAACCCUUAUAUAGCCCAAAAUGGUGUGAGUCUGGAGGAUGGACUCCACACAGCCGGCAAGGAGGCUGAAAUAAAUCAGCUGGUAGUCACAAGCAGAGAGGCUGGUUCACAGGUUUGCGUGAACAUCCCCUGGCAGGUUGUGGAUGCUGCAGAGGAGCAAACUCACAGAAGCUGGCCUCAAUUAGACCUGGGCAGUGGGAGACGAUACCUCAAACUAGAGAACAAAGAGGACUCAGUGGACAAACUGCUUGUCCAGUUAGAGCAGCAUUGUUCUCAGUGGGAUAAGAAUUUUGGCUCUGGACCUUUCCAGUGAUGGCUGCUGGUGACAGCUGAUGACCCUGAUAACUGAGGAUCAUACUAAUAUUUCCCCUGGAUUUUAAACUGCACUAUAUGUUUUUUGGGGUUUUUUUUUUUUGGGGCAGAGAGAAAGUGAGCCCCGGAUCAUUUGGAAUACAGUACUUCUCACAAGGAUCUUCCGAUCAUUCUCAAUCUUCAGUGGAAUAUUUAUACACAGAGGUUAUGGUCUUUGCUUGGCCUCCAAUUGGAUUUGGCAAAUGUUUUAUAUCAUUGAAGGAACAAUAAACAGACCAUACACUGUCACAGAUGAGCAAAGCAAUUUGACAGACUGUUUACCUGCCAGAAAUCAACUUGUAUCUCAAUGCCAAAAUGGGUUUGCCUGUUUCCAGGACACAGUGUGCACAGUCUAGUGAAGGAGAGAUAGAAGGGUGGUUGUUUUCACUGUGCAAUCAAUUUUGAACCAAACCACCUGGACUCCUAAGUCCAUAAAGUGCUGACAGCUUUUGACAAAUGCAACUACUAUAUAAAAAUGGGAUUUUUUUUUCACUCAGCUGAGGUACUCGAAAUGCAAUGCAUGGCAGUGAUGUACAGUAUGUUACAUCUUAAUACUUAUGGAAAAUAAUGUCAUUGUUUGUUUUUAUGUAUAUAAGAAGUAAUGAUAGUUAAAAGGUAUGCUGAUUUAUUACAACUUGGGUCUUAAUUUCUUAGGUUUAGACAUUAUUUCUACAGUAUCUUUUAGAAUAACAUUGUACUCUCCAAGCUGAUUGCUGAGAUCUGGGAUGAUAUCACCACAACUGUCUCUAAACUGUAAUGGAUGGUCGUAAUGGUCACUUUGGAUAAUAAUAUAUGAUUUGCCUUUGUAUUGUUAUGAACAGAUUAUCAUGCCCAUCAAUCCUGGGCACUAUUUUCACUAAGGACCCUUACCAACACAGGCAUACACACCCAUGUGUGAGCACCGCAGCAUGGAGUCCUGCACGGGUCCAUUUUUGAAAACCCGCACCCACCCAUAGCCAAAAACUCCGUACCAAAACCGAUCUGUUACCAGUUAUGUCUAGGUCAAAGCCACACCCGCGCACACCCAUUAAUAAAAGUCCUAUAUCCCGACCCGAUUAAAGACACACAGGUUACAGUCACUCACAUUAAGCUGGAUUCUCCGUUCUUGAAUUACAAAUCCAGCAGAGGAAAAGUCUCUUUCACUGGCUGUGCUUGAUGCCAGGAUGGUGAAAACAUUCAGUCACUGCCAGGUUAGGAAAAAUUUUAGCAUGCUCCUUUCACCAUCAUAAAACCUGAAAAGGAUCCUCCUUGGGUGUCUCGAAUUCCAUGUAGGCUGCAACCUAAUCCUCGGGCUUUUCAUAGCUGGAGUCCUCUACGUCAGUGACAAAUGUGACAAUGGGGUCAUUGACUCAAUUGUGUCAUUGACUUUCAAAAUAAAAGGAAUCGCAGCUUGAUAAUAGGGAUUUAGUUGUCAAAAUAUUACACAUAUACUGCAAAUCUUUUUUAGUUGUUUUAUUCUGAAAAAUAAAAAAUAUGUUUUUGCUUGCCCAUGAGUAGUUUAUUUUUACUCAUGCCCAUACCCACAAAUUUAUAUAUAUACAUAUUUUUACUUAUUACACAGCUUUUUGUGGGGUACCUUUUGGUUACCCACGGGUACCUGACCAAGUGCAGGACUCUGCCCCAGCAUGCAGGCCUUAAUGUGUUAGUCUGUGUUAAAGUUAUGUUUAUUGUUUCAGUAUCCUACUUUAUCAACCACCUUUUAGCUCUGUUUUUAUUUUCACUAUGCACACCAUCAUACUUUAUAUAGCUUUCAGGGUCAAAACAAGAACCAUGUGUGAAUAAUGAGUGAGUAAAUAGCUGUGAAAGAAUACAGAAAUGAGAAGAGCCACAGCUAUGACCACACAGCUAAAGUCAGCACAAGAGAUAAAUAGUAGACAUCCAACUCCUGGAUAAGGUCUCAGUCAGUGAUAGCAUGUACCGGUAUCUCUGUAUCAUCCAUGUAGUGAUCUUAGUUUAGUAGUUAGGUGGUUUUUCUAAUGGUGUUUAAUCCCAGGCAUUUGGUUAAAAGGAACAUUUGCCAGUAAUAAAAGAAGUGUACGUGUUAGGAAAUAUUGGCUAUAAACCACAAUUCAGAAUGGCUAAUAGUUGCUCUGAUGGAAGGUGUAAUGGAAGAUCUGAUGUACUGUAAAGCAGCCCAUCAGAGAGAGAUUUCUCCAGGGCCAAGGAGUAUCAGUUUCAACACUGUCCCACUCUGUCUCUAACUUGAAUCUUCUUUUUCUUUUUAAGCGUAUCCUGUGUCGACCCAUUAACAGUGUGUUUUACUUGUUAAACUUGUAACAGACACUUGACAUUGGCUUUAUUUCAUUAAGUUUGGUAGAAAAACCUUAGGUCCCUCUAUUUAGUAUUUCUAAGCAGUAUUUAGACAUUUAAUGCAUGUUUUUUUUUUUUUUACAGACUAUUAUGUAGCCAGUCUGUUUGUUAAUGUAUUUUGCAGCAGUAAGAUUGGGCCAAAAGGACGUUACCAUCAUUGUCAUCAACAACUAAGUCUGACAUCCAGAUUUAACAGCCCUGCCCGCCUAUCCACACUAACAUCGGGUCCAUGUCAUUGGUCCGACAGCCCAUUGGUUCGACAUCCCAUUAGUCCGACUGUCCGCGGUGCUGAAUGGCUCGCGGCGGGUGUAUGGUGCGCCGCGACCGGCUCUGGGUCAGCUGGGAAAGGCUUGAGGCGGAGCAGGCUCACGGCUUAUGUGUUUGUCACUUUCUUUUUCAUUUUAACCCACACCUUGAUCUUUUCCUGACCCUAACCAAGUGGUUUUUGUGCCUAAACCUAACCAGACCUUAACCACAGGGCAUCAUCAUGAUUUCAGAACGGACUUCGGAACAAUGGGUUUAAUAUGGUCGGAACAAUGGGCUGUCGGACCAAUGAGCAGUUCCCCUAACAUUGUGGUUUGGGUUUGCUGUACCGCUAAUGGCAUUCAUUGUGUGCUUAAAAACUAAUAAUUGUAAUUUAUAAACCAAAUGAGCCAGAUGAAUAUCAAAUAUACUUAAUGUAUUACGGCUUAUUCCGUGUGCGAUAUGUGAAAUGACUAUAUUGUGAACAUUGUGAGCAUUAGACUCGCAGACAGAUACACAUACAUAAAGAAAAACUCAAAUCAUAUCAGACAAACAUGAUACCUCGUACCUCACACUCUUCCCAUUCAGAUCCCUCUCUCCUUUUUGUGAGCAAGCGAGGUGAGCUGUGUUUUUAUAUCACGGCUCCAGACCUCCAGACCGAUCUGGAGGUCUGGACUACUAGUGCAACUUGCACAUAAAAUAUGAACUGGAGAGCUGUUAGUUUGUUUCCAGUUUCCAGUGAAUAAAUCAUCACAUUUACAUGCGCCAUUGUAAGAGUUUAACUUAAUGAGUUUAACCAUAGUGCGAGCAGGUGAGGUGUGUGUUUUUGUAUCUGCAGGGCUCCAAACCGUGACUCACGGCCACAUUUUGUGACCACGGAUCACCCUUGUGACUUACAAAUACUACUAACAUAUGAACUGGAGAGCUGUUAUUUUGUUUACAGCCCACGAUGAAUUAAUCCUCACAUUAGAAGAUGCAAUGGUAACAGUCUGACUUUCUGCUAACUGUUCAAAAUUAAAGCACCAGUGGUUCCGCUUUGAUUUAUUUAACUAUUACAAGACUUAUUUAACUUUAUUACAGCAGUUUUUUGUUUACUUUAUCACAGUGGCCGUAGGCACCCAUAAGUCGAGGCUGUAGUAUAAAGAGAUAAAGAAUGACAAUAUAGUAGAGCACUGUUAAAUGGCUGUGUACAACUACAUUAUAGUGUGUUAUAAACCAUUAAUUGAAUGUUAUACUGCUUAUAAAUGCUACAUAUGUGGACAUACAGUGGUUGUAGGAGCUAAGCCUAUUACUUGCAGCUACAUGAGAUGUUUCACCCGGCCUGACCUGGCUGACACGCUUUACGCGGCUGAUGCCACAUCGUCCUUGGUUGUGUUGAGUUGGGGACAAUAAACUGCAGGUUCCAGUUGCAGAACUAUCAAAGUAUUUAUUCAUAGCACCAAACACAGGUUGAAUACAUGUCCAUUUUUUUUUAAUCUUUCAUUCAAACUGAACACACAGCAUGUUGCAUACCACCACAGUGGUCAAAAACCUUUUGCUCUUCUGGGAUGCAAAACCUGAUGGCAACAAUGUUGUUCCUACCUUUAUACCUUAAAACUCCAAAUGCCAAUGAAGCACCACCCAGUGUACAUAAAUAGCAAAUAAAUAGACUGCUGAGUGAAUGACCUAUUUGGCUCUUACAGUGGUUGAAGAACCUGUCUGAUCUUCUGACCACUCCUGUUUCAUAACCUAUUUUUAAUGGCCACUGCUGAUUACAUAGUUAUUAUUACUCAUAAGAAGGAUGACCAUAACUAUGAAAAUAAGACCCAAGUUGUAAAAAGACUGAUCCUUAAUAAUGAAGGAGAAUCUCUUUGUUGUCCUUCUUCUGGUCAGUGCAGUAUUAGCCUGUUAUGAAAGUAGGGACACCUACCUUCACUUCCUGUUGAUUGUCUCCUCUUAAAACCUUCUUUGAACAAAUGGACAUAAUGGAUUGUGCAGGCGAGCCUACAGCUCCAGGUGGAUUUGAGUUGAUGGGUGUUACUGCAUACAGCUGGGUAUGUGUCACAGAGGUAAGAGAAUAUGAACCCCCCCCCCCCCCCCCCACACUUCCUUGCCAUCUCCCACACCAUGUGCAGAUGUACAGAGGCGAGCCCUCCGUCUUUGAAACAACAGUCUUACUCUGGUUUUCUCUCUGUCUGUGCUGUUUGUUCUGUAUGCCAUGUCUGACACUUUGUGUUCUAAAUGUAAAAACCAAGCAAUAAGAGCAGUCUGACAGAACAAUCAAUCGCUGUGUCAUGCCCUGUGUUGACCACGGAAUUAAACAGCAUUGCUAUGCCUGUGUUGCAAAUAUAAGGCAAAGCAAAAGU